AUGUCUGCUUUAGAUAAGAACUUCAAGGAAGAAUUAAAGAACUAUUUGGUGGCCCAGAUCUCCCAAAUCGAAGGCCUGGCUGAUCAAGCUACAGAACUUUCGGAGUAUACUGUGUUGUUGAUUUCAAAUGGAAGACCUUUUAGUGAAACAAUAGAGGAACUACAGCUAAUUGUUGACUCAGAUGCUGUUCCACAAAUUGUCAGAACAGCUUAUGAAGCACUGGAGAAGCAUUUGAAUCCACAAGAUCCAAAGGCACCAGCUCAAGUUACACAAGACACAAACGUUGAUGAUGAUAUAAUACCGGAGACCACAGAUGAAGAUAGUAAAACAUCAGGAAUCCCAACAAAACCUGCACUGGGUAGACCUAGUGGUCCAAGAAAUGGUGUCACCAAGACAUAUGGGAAUGGUUAUGUUAGAUCAAGUUUUGCUUUGAAGAAUGCUGAUAAUUUACAAAAGGCUAUGGAAUUAUCAGGUCUACCUAUUGGUGCAAGACUUAAUAAAAAGGGUCGUUGUCACAAAUUCCCACAUUGUCCAUUUCAAAAAGAUUGUAAAUAUGCACAUCCAACCAGACCAUGUUUCCAAUUUCCAAAUUGUCCAAAUCCUCCAGGUACAUGUAAUUUCUUGCACCCAGGUGAAGAUGAUGCUUUAAUAGCAGAACUGGAAAAGACAAAGAAUGAUUUCUUACAACAGAGACAACAAAAUCAAAUUAUCAAAUCUCAAACAGGUAUUUCCUUAUGUAAAUUUGGAAAUAUGUGUACAAAUUUACAAUGUCCAUUCGGACAUCCAACUCCAGCUAAUGAAGAUGCAAAAGUUAUUCAAUUAGAAUGGUGUCCACAAAACUUGAAAUGUGAAGAUUCAGAAUGUCAAAAAGCUCAUUCUUCCCUGUCAAAAAUCAAAGAGGUCAAACCUCAACAAGAAAAAUCAUUGGAAGCAUGUAAAUUUGGUAUGAAUUGUACAAACCGUUAUUGCAAAUUCCGUCAUGCAAGAAGUGCUGUUAUAUGUCGUGACGGUGAAAAUUGUACAAGAAUUGAUUGUUUGUUUUCACAUCCUAUCAAUGAGAAUUGUCGUUUUGAUACAAGUUGUAAAAAUCCAAACUGUUUGUUUAAACAUCCAAAUGGAAAAUCAGAAGCUGCACCACCUGCAACUUCAAUGAAAUGGACUAAAACUGAUGAAAGAGUAUUUGCUGUACCAGAAGAUCAAGUUUUAGAACAAGCUCCACCACAAGAAAGUUAA